AGCACUGCAGUUGAACGGCGUCUGAGAAUUGGACGCAACGAUGACUCAAGUACAUCCACAAGACUCGCGCCAGGAAGAUCCAUCGAGGAUAUUAAAAUACAUCAUCUUCUUUGUCAAUGUUCUCUUCUGGUUUUUGAGCAUUAUUGUGCUUGGAAUUGGAAUUUUUGUGAUGGUGGAAAAGCGGGACGUUUACAGCAAGCUCACUGACUUGUAUUAUGACCCAGCCGUGCUAUUCGUGGUAUUUGGGGGUCUUAUGUUUAUUUUAACAUUUACCGGUUGCAUCGGCGCUCUGAGGGAAAAUACCUGCCUGCUGGCAUUUUACGCAGGGAUUAUUACGGUGCUAUUGAUUAUGGAGGUCAUCUGCGGGAUAGUUGGCUUCGUUAACAGUGAUAAACUGGAGGAAAAUAUCGAUGAGAAGCUCCAGAACGCUAUUGUGUUUUACCGAGAUCCGACAAAGCCCGAUCUUCAUUUCUUGAUUGACACAGCACAAACAGAGCUGGGUUGUUGUGGCUCACGGUCUUACACCGAUUGGGAGGCGAAUAUUUACUUCAACUGCUCGGCUCCUUCUGUAUCCGCUUGUGGAGUUCCCUUCUCUUGUUGCAAGACAGAGGACCUACAGACAAACCGCCAGUGUGGGUACGGUAUACACAAAUUGAGUCCGUCUUACCGCCAAGAUCUGAUUCAUGAGGAAGGCUGCCUAAACCUCUCAGUUCAGUGGUUUAAAGAUAACUUAGCUCUCAUCGGUGGGCUGUCUUUUGGUGUAGUAUCACUACAGCUGGUAACGGUGUGUCUUGCAGGCAUGUUCAGAAGACAAAUUCUUGAUGUAAAGCAACCCUCAGGAGAUUAAUCAGUUUUUGUUUAUUUAAAACAGAUUUUAAAGAUUUUUCUAAAAAAAUCUUACAUCUCACGCGAUGAAAACGUAAUUGUCCACGUACUAAUAUUUACGUAUUUCUUUAUUUAUCAUAUUUAGUUUCCUUUAUUUCAACGGCAGCAGUGGUGUCGUUCGACUUGAAAUAUUUAUUUCUUAAAACUAUUGACAUAUAGUGUGUGGUUUAAAAUAAUCCUCGCUAAUUCCGCUAUUGCGAAAUGCUAAUGAUCGCGAAAGCGACUACAGUAAUCAGGUAUACAUGUUGCAAGUACUUUAAUUUUUAAUAAGCAACCAUAUCACGAUCGAUGCCAGUAGUAGCUUAGAGUCUCUCCUUUCUCCUAACAUCGUCUUCAAGUAAUGUUAAGCACUUUUAAGAUAAAAUCGAGAGAAUCUAUUGACCCUUCUCUUGAACCGACCCAACCAGGGGGUAUUGAAAACUUCAUCAGAUGAUCUGAUUGAAGACAAUGAACCAAUUAGCUUUGAGGAAUUCUUUGCACGUCGGGAGUUAGUCGGUUCGCCGUGGGUGAAGAUGAACUUGGCAGUUCCCGCUUGAAUGGCAGUUGGCCAAGUCAAACAUCUCAACAGCGUGAGAUGACAGUCUGCAGUUGGUCAAAUUUAAAGACAAUUGUUUGACUUGGGGUAAAAUAUAUACCCCCUAUUAAGUCCACUUAUGCCUAUAAUUCUUCACAAUCAAGUUUUUUAAGAUAAUAUUAAAAGCAGG